AUGUCGGUUCAUAAACUCGUUCGAUUUCUCGGAUGCAUCUCUCUUUCUCUUGCAAUAAUACUUCAUUCCGUUGGAGAAGCAUCAACUUCUCAUGUAUACAUUGUCUAUCUAGGGGCUAAUCGGCUAAACAGUUCAGUCUUAGCUUCAAAUCACCAUCUUCGUCUCCUUUCUAGGGUUUUCACAAGCAAUGAAGAAGCUGAAGGGGCAACGUUGUAUAGCUACAACUAUGGCUUCUCGGGUUUCUCUGCAAAGAUUAACUCAACGCAGGCUGCUUCAUUAGCAAAAAUGAAGCAGGUUAUAACGGUCUUCAAGAGCAAAACCUUGAAAUUGCAUACAACCAGAAGUUGGGAUUUCUUGGAUCUCACUCUACGCAAUGACGGCGGUAGAGCUCCGCCGCAACUCUCCUAUGGCUCCGACGUCGUCGUCGGAAUCUUCGACACAGGGAUUUGGCCGGAAUCGGAGAGUUUCAAAGAAUCGCCUGAGGCGAAACCCAUCCCGCCGUCGUGGAACGGAGAAUGUGUCGCCGGAGAAAGCUUCGAUCCGUCCGUACACUGCAAUCGGAAGCUCAUCGGGGCACGAUUUUACCUCAGAGGUUUCCAGGAGGUGUAUGGGCCAAUCAACCCGGCCCGGGAUCCGGAAUACCGAUCGCCGCGCGAUUUCCUCGGCCACGGCACUCACACGGCGUCCACCGCCGUCGGAUCCGUAGCCUCCGACAUAUCAGGCUUUUUCGGCCUCGGCGGAGGAACCGCCCGCGGCGGCGCACCGGAGGCGAGGCUGGCCGUUUACAAGACGUGCUGGGCGAAGGAUCUGGAAGGGGUCUGUACGGAGGCUGACAUCUUGGCGGCUUUCGAUGAUGCUAUCCACGAUGGCGUCGGCGUGAUCUCGGCGUCGUUCGGAUCGCCACCACCGUUGGCACCCUUUUUCGAGUCGAGCACCGACAUUGGGUCGUUUCACGCCGUGGAGAGGGGAGUUAGUGUGGUUUUCUCCUGUGGAAACGGGGGACCUAGUCCCGGCGUCGUUCAGAACGUCGCUCCUUGGGCAAUUUCAGUUGCAGCUUCAACGGUGGAUCGGCGGUUUCCCACCGGAAUUAUAAUCGACGAGAAAUUCAUUCUCACGGGUGAAAGCUUGGUUUUUCAGGAUAUCAUAGGCAAAUUAGCUGAUGCAACAACAUAUUUCAAUGACGGGAUUUGCAAAUGGGAGAAUUGGAUGAAGAAAUCAGCCAGUGGGAUGAUAAUUUUGUGUUUCUCCACGUUGGGUCCGGUGGAGUUCAUUGAAGAAGCACAAGUCGCAGCCAUAAGGGCAAAUGCAUCUGCUCUGAUUUUCGCCGACUUACCCACCAAACAACUUGCCGAAGAAGUAGACAUAAUCCCUACUGUUCGUAUUAACAUUCUUGGCGGGACGAGGAUCCGAAAUUACCUUGCUCGAUCUCCUACACCACCUAUGGUGAAAAUCAGACGGAGCAAAACUGUUAUCGGAAAGAUUACAGCUCCUUCCGUUGCAUAUUUUUCUUCGAGAGGACCUAGCUCACUAUCACCUGAUAUUCUCAAGCCGGAUAUUACAGCACCAGGCAUUGGAAUAUUAGCUGCUUGGCCUUCUAAAACUCCUCCGACUCCGUUCUCUGGGGACAUACGUUCUGUCAACUGGAACUUUCAGUCAGGAACUUCCAUGUCAUGCCCUCAUGUUGCCGGAGUUAUAGCCCUUCUCCGGUCAGCUCAUCCCGACUGGUCGCCUGCCGCUCUCAGGAGCGCUCUGAUGACCACAGCUUACACAAGAGACACGAGCAGUGCUCAUAUUCUCUCCGGUGGAUCGUUAAAGUCCUCCGACUCGUUUGAUGUCGGAGCCGGACAUAUAAACCCUCUGAAAGCUCUGGACCCAGGUCUGGUUUUCGACACAAGAACCGAAGACUACAUUCUCUUCUUAUGCAACAUCGGUUAUACGGACCAACAAAUCAAAUCCAUUAUUCUCCCUCGCCCCAAAACCGGUUCAUUUUCAUGCCCCGUGACGCAUUCGUACCAAACCAACGCAGAUUUCAACUACCCGUCCAUUACCGUACCGAACCUCCAGUUCACUACCACAAUAAGACGGACGGUGCGUAACGUCGGUCCGAACAAGAAUGCGGUUUAUUUCGUGGAUAUUAUAAGACCGGAGGGUGUGGACGUCCUGAUAUGGCCGAAGAUUUUGAUGUUUUCUCGUUGUCGAGAAGAAAACCCAUUUUACGUUACGUUCGUACCGAAGAAGAUUUCGACCGGUCGGUAUGAAUUUGGAGAGAUAAUAUGGACCGAUUGGGUUCAUAGGGUGCGAAGCCCAUUGGUUGUGUUUGUGAACAACGGCGAAAAUAGAAAUAGUUUGGAAGAUCAUGUACAUUUGGAUUCGCGUCGAGAGUACUUGUGAUUUUGUGUUUUAUUGUAAGGAAUGAAGUGUGAGAGCUCAAGAGUCGAGUGAAAACUAGGGUUCAUAUGGGAUGACGAGAUUCUGACCGGAGCAGUCAACGGUCCACUUCAUCGCCAUUUUCAGAAUCAACGAAGGUCAAGGGGUUUGAAAGUAAUAUUGUUUUGGAUCGGUCGUUCUGUUUAUUGUUUGGGUUUGUAUCAAAUGAUCAUCUCUGUCUAGGGAUUCUGGUUUAUGUAAAUGCUUUCGUUAUGUUUUUCUGCUGCGUUGCUUAGGGUUUGAUUGGUUCCGGUGUUAUUCACAAUACUAUGUUGUUUAUAAUCCAUUGUUUUGUUUUUGUUUCA